AUGGAGGACGUGACCCCCCCGGAUCUUCUGCCCUUCCUCCUGCAGGACUGGGGUGCUCAGGAGGCGGGGGGGGCGGCGCCGUUCGUGGAGAUCCUGGAGCAGCCGAAGCAGCGCGGGAUGAGGUUCCGGUACGAGUGCGAGGGGAGAUCGGCCGGGAGCAUCCCCGGGGAGCACAGCACCGAGACCACCAAGACCCACCCCACCAUCCGCGUGAACAACUACCGGGGCCCGGGCCGGGUGCGGGUGUCGCUGGUGACCAAGGACCCCCCUCACCGCCCCCACCCCCACGAGCUGGUGGGCAAGGACUGCAAGGACGGAUUCUACGAGGCCGAGCUGUGCCCCGAGCGCAGCAUCCACAGUUUCCAGAAUCUGGGGAUUCAGUGCGUGAAGAAGCGAGAGCUGGAGGCAGCCGUGGCCGAGCGGAUCCGCACCAAUAACAACCCCUUCAACGUGCCGCCGGAGCAGCGUGGGGGCGAGUACGACCUGGCCGCGGUCAGGCUCUGCUUCCAGGUGUGGGUGAGGGGCCCAGGGGGGCUGCGGCCCCUCCCCCCCGUCCUGUCCCAGCCCAUCUACGACAACCGCGCCCCCAGCACGGCCGAGCUGCGGAUCUGCCGCGUCAAUCGCAACUCCGGGAGCUGCCGGGGCGGGGACGAGAUCUUCCUGCUGUGUGACAAGGUCCAGAAAGAGGACAUCGAGGUGCGUUUCUGGGCCGAGGGCUGGGAGGCCAAGGGCUUGUUCGCGCAGGCCGACGUUCACCGCCAGGUCGCCAUCGUGUUCCGCACGCCGCCCUUCCGGGACCCCGCCCUGCGCGCCCCGGUCACCGUGCGCAUGGAGCUGCAGCGGCCCUCGGACCGCCAGCGCAGCGCCCCGGUGGACUUCCGCUACCUGCCCCACCAGGGGGACCUGCAGUGCAUCGAGGAGAAGCGCAAGAGAACGCGGGAAACGUUCCGGUCCUUCGUGCAGCGCAGCCCCCUGCCCGGUGGGGACUGA